GUUUUCUUCUGAUAUGUUUUACAAAUUAAGUUAAUUUUGUUUUCUUUCAUUACUUAUAUUUAUUAAAAUAUAAAUGUUUCGAUUUAUUGACUUGAUUCAGUUAGCUCAAGAUGUUCAAAAUGGGGAGGUUUCGCAUCUUCUCGGUUGAAGAUAACGAAUAGUUUAAAUCCUAGUCUCUGAUAAUAUUGAAUUUUAUUUUGUAUUAUAUUUAAAUUCAACACAUUAGCUUUAUUAUGGAAGCUCUAAUACCUGUUAUAAAUAAAUUACAAGACGUUUUUAAUACAGUGGGAGCUGAUGCCAUCCAACUCCCACAAAUAAUAGUGGUUGGGACACAGAGUUCUGGAAAAAGUUCUGUCAUAGAAAGUUUAGUGGGAAAAUCAUUUCUUCCUAGGGGCACUGGUAUAGUAACAAGAACACCUUUAGUUUUACAGUUAAACUACUGUCCUUUAAAUGACAAAGAGAAAAGAACCUUGGAUAAUGGAGCACUACCAAACGUUGAGGAGUGGGCACAAUUUCUACAUAAGAAAUCUAAAAUUUUUACAGAUUUUGAUGAAGUCAGAAAAGAAAUUGAAGAAGAGACAGGCCGAAUGGCAGGACAUAACAAAGCUAUUUGUUCAGAGCCAAUUAUAUUGAAAAUAUUUUCUCCAAAAGUAUUGAAUCUUACAUUAGUUGAUUUACCUGGCAUAACAAAGGUUCCAGUAGGGGACCAGCCUGAAGACAUUGAACAUCAGAUCAAACAGAUAGUUCAUCAGUAUAUAAGUAACCCAAAUUCAGUUAUUCUUGCAGUAGUUACUGCUAAUACUGAUAUGGCCACUAGUGAAAGCCUCAAGAUCGCUAAAGAUGUUGACCCUGAUGGCAGAAGAACUUUAGCUGUUGUUACCAAACUAGAUUUAAUGGAUGCAGGCACUGAUGCUAUUGAUAUACUCUGUGGAAGAGUGAUCCCUGUUAAGUUAGGAAUAAUUGGCGUAGUUAAUCGAUCUCAACAAGAUAUUUUAGAUAAAAAGAAUAUUGAGGAUGCUUUGAAAGAUGAAGCACUGUACCUUCAGAAAAAGUACCCUACAUUAGCUAAUAGGAAUGGAACUCCCUAUUUGGCAAAAACAUUGAACAGGCUGUUAAUGCAUCAUAUAAGAGAUUGUUUACCAGAUUUGAAGACUAGAGUGAAUGUUAUGGUAUCUCAAUUCCAAGCCCUCCUGAAUUCAUAUGGUGAAGAUGUAUCUGAUAAAAGCCAGACACUUUUACAGAUUAUCACAAAAUUUGCAUCUGCUUAUUGUUCAACAAUAGAAGGUACAUCAAGAAACAUUGAAACUACUGAGCUAUGUGGUGGUGCAAGGAUUUGUUAUAUUUUUCAUGAAACAUUCGGAAAAACGCUUGAUUCAAUUCACCCCCUUGCUGGUCUUACUAAAAGAGAUGUUUUAACUGCUAUAAGGAAUGCUACUGGACCAAGACCAGCUCUAUUCGUUCCAGAGGUUUCGUUUGAACUUCUUGUAAAAAGACAAAUACGUCGCCUUGAAGAACCUUCUCUACGCUGUGUUGAACUAGUUCAUGAAGAAAUGCAAAGUAUUAUUCAACAUUGUGGGACUGAGUCUCAACAAGAAAUGUUAAGGUUUCCUAAACUUCAUGAAAAAAUCAUUGAUGUAGUCACACAACUUUUAAGAAGACGGCUUCCAACUACUAAUUCCAUGGUAGAAAACCUUGUAGCUAUAGAGCUGGCUUAUAUUAAUACAAAACAUCCUGAUUUUCAUAAGGAGGCUGCGUUAGUACCUUCUUUAUUAGAGGCAGUUGAAGAUGAUGAUUUAAGAUCAGCAAAAAGAAAUGCACAACAUGGUUCUCCAUAUGAUGAAUUACAUAGAAACCAGCCUUUACGAAAUAGUACUGAAUUAUCAGAUAACACCAACAACAGAUUGCCCAAUUUGAUGGGUGAAAGAAAUGGUGAAGAAGCUCUGGGUAUUAAUAAUACUUCUGCAUCAUCAACUCCAACACAUUUUGAGGAAUUAAAACAUAGCAUCAGCCCAACCAAAUCAAUAAUUCUUUCAUCUGAUCCUUCAUUUGGUACUGGUAGAAAAUUAACGGACAAAGAACAAAGGGAAUGUGCUGUAAUUGAAAGAUUAAUAAAAUCUUACUUUUAUAUUGUGCGUAAAUCCAUACAAGAUAGUGUCCCAAAGGCUGUGAUGCAUUUUCUUGUAAAUUAUGUAAAAGAUAAUUUGCAGUCAGAACUAGUCACUCAUUUAUACAAAUCUGAUCACGCUGAAGAGUUACUUAAUGAAUCAGCCCAUAUUGCUCAACGGAGGAAAGAAGCUAGUGAUAUGCUUAAGGCUUUACAAAGAGCAAAUCACAUUAUCAGUGACAUACGAGAAACUCACAUGUGGUGAUGACAGCCAACUUAUACAGUGUAGUGAUUUUUUUUUAAUGUAAAAUUUUUCUAAAGACUAUUUAUUUAUUGUAUGCAACAUAGAUUGAGUAAAUAAUUCAAUUUUAUAUUUUUACAAAAUAUCUAUGUUAAAAAUUUUGUAGCAUGGACAUGUUCCUUUUUAUUUAUUUAUUUUUCAUACUUUUGCUUAUGUUAUUACUUUUUGAAUUAGUUUCUUGAUCAAGACAUCCGUUUUUGUUCAAGUACCUGCGAGUAUUUUAUUUUUUCUGGUUUAAAAUUAUUGUUUUGAUUUAAAAUGCGGUAGUUUCAUUUCAAGCUAGUUUCCAGUUAUUCAUUCUUGUUUCGUUUUUUAUGACUGAGUAUGAUAAUUGUUAUAUAAUAUUGUUUUGUACCAAUUGUUUUGUGUUUUCAUAAUGUUCUUAGUACUGUUAGUAAGCAUAUCUAAAUUAGACUUUAUUAUAUUGUUGAUUUGACUGCAGUGUAUUUACCUUGUUAUUACUAUAGUUAAACCGUUAUUUGAUGUAUAUAUAUAUGUUACGUGUGUUGUCUAGGCUUGUACUUUUCUUGUUAGCACUUCAGUACGUUUAUGUAUAAAGUUCUGUUUAUUGUAAAUAUAAUAAAUAUUUCGACUGUUUGAAUGGCUUCAUGAAUUUAUUAAUUUACAA